CCGCCGCGUAGCUCGUCGUAGACCACCGUCGUCUUUCCGUGCUUCUCGAGAAACGCGCAAGCUCGCUCCUUUCGCGGCGUAUCCGAAAGCAAAGAGAAGAAGAAGCAGCCUCGAAGCACCGCACCUCGUCCUUCGAAGCGCGGAUGGGGUCGCUGAAGAGGAAAUCGAUUGGGGACUCCGGUGGCGAAGCCCUACCGCCGGCGAAGCAGCUGCGGGAGGACGGCGCCGCCGGCGAGGGCGUGGCCUGCGUGCACGACGUGUUACCCGAGGGCUACGUUCCGGAGGCGGAGCCGCCGCGCUCGUCGAGUUCGCAGGACCGUCCGGCGCCGGCGAAGGAGUUCCCUUUCACGCUCGACCCUUUCCAGUCCGAAGCCAUCAAGUGCCUCGACAGUGGCGAGUCCGUUAUGGUGUCGGCCCAUACAUCAGCUGGAAAAACAGUUGUUGCGCUAUAUGCUAUCGCCAUGUCCUUGCAGAAUAAGCAACGUGUCAUAUAUACAGCUCCCAUUAAGGCACUGAGCAACCAGAAGUAUAGAGAGUUCAAGGAAGAGUUCUCAGAUGUUGGCCUGAUGACUGGGGAUGUCACCAUUGAGCCUAAUGCUUCUUGCUUGGUAAUGACCACUGAAAUUUGGCGGAGCAUGCAAUACAAAGGAUCAGAAAUAAUGAGGGAGGUGGCUUGGAUAAUAUUUGAUGAGGUACAUUACAUGCGUGAUAGGGAGCGAGGUGUGGUAUGGGAAGAGAGCAUCGUUAUGGCGCCAAAGAAUUCUCGCUUUGUAUUCCUUUCAGCAACAGUGCCCAACGCCAAAGAAUUUGCAGACUGGGUUGCGAAGGUACACCAGCAACCAUGUCAUAUUGUUUACACUGAUUACCGGCCAACACCCCUUCAGCAUUACGUUUUUCCUUCUGGAGGUGAUGGUCUGUACUUGGUGGUGGAUGAGAAGGGAAAAUUUCGUGAAGAUAGCUUUCAGAAAGCUUUAAAUGCUUUGGUUCCAGCUGGCGAGAGUGAUAAAAAAAGAGAGAAUGGGAAAUGGCAGAAAAGUUUGGUGACUGGUCGAGUUGGUGAAGAAAGUGACAUAUUUAAGAUGGUGAAGAUGAUCAUUCAGCGUCAAUAUGAUCCAGUAAUAUGUUUCAGCUUUAGCAAAAGAGAGUGUGAAUUUCUUGCCAUGCAGAUGGCAAAAAUGGAUCUCAAUGAGGAUGAUGAGAAAGUGAACAUAGAAACCAUCUUUUGGAGUGCUAUGGACAUGCUUUCUGAUGAUGAUAAAAAGCUUCCCCAGGUUACAAAUAUGUUACCCCUCUUGAAACGUGGGAUUGGCGUGCAUCAUUCUGGUUUGCUCCCGAUUCUGAAAGAAGUUAUUGAGAUCUUAUUUCAGGAAGGGCUUAUUAAGUGUUUAUUUGCUACAGAGACCUUUAGCAUCGGUUUGAAUAUGCCUGCAAGGACAGUUGUGUUCACUAAUGUCCGAAAGUUUGAUGGAGAUAAGUUUAGAUGGAUUUCUAGUGGAGAAUAUAUUCAAAUGAGUGGCCGAGCUGGUCGUCGAGGUAUUGACAAACGUGGGAUCUGCAUUCUAAUGGUAGAUGAAAAGUUGGAACCUCCCACUGCAAAGAUGAUGCUUAAAGGAAGUGCUGACAGUUUGAACAGUGCAUUUCAUUUAAGCUACAAUACCCUUUUAAAUCAACUGCGUUGUGAGGAUGGUGACCCCGAGAAUUUGCUUCGAAAUUCAUUUUAUCAGUUUCAAGCAGACCGUGCCAUUCCUGAUCUUCAGAAACAAGCAAAGGACCUUGAAGAAGAGAGGGAUUCGAUUGUUAUUCAAGAAGAAGAAAGUUUGAAGAGCUAUUAUGAUCUGUUACAGCAAUAUAAGAGUUUGAAGAAAGAUGUCCGUGACAUUGCGCUCUCUCCAAAGUAUAGCUUACCUUUCUUGCAACCUGGUCGACUGGUGAGUAUUGAGUGCACUUCCAGUGAUAAAAGUGGCUCAUCUUUCUCGAUGGAGGACCAGGCGACUUGGGGGGUUAUAAUCAAUUUCGAGAGGGUGAGAAGCGCUUCAGAGGAUAGUGGAAACAUAAAACCAGAAGAUUCAAACUAUAAAGUUGACGUUCUGACAAGAUGUGUUGUGAGACGAGAUGGAAUUGCAAAAAAGUCGAUAAAUGUCGUCCCACUGAAAGAGCCUGGAGAACCGGCUGUAGUUUCUGUUCCUCUUUUGCAGAUUAACAGUCUAAGCAGUGUUCGUUUGGUCAUACCAAAAGAUCUUUUGCCAUUGGAAGUCCGGGAAAACACUUUGAAGAAGGUGUUGGAAGUUCUUUCAAGAUUUGCAAAGGAGGGGAUGCCGCUGUUAGAUCCUGAAGAAGACAUGAAGAUCCAGAGUCACUCCUAUAGAAAGGCAGUUAGGAGGAUAGAAGCCCUAGAAAGCCUAUUUGACAAGCAUGAGAUUGCGAAGUCUCCACUUAUUGAGGAGAAGCUUAGAGUGUUAAACAGGAAGCAAGAGCUGACAGCCAAGAUUAAGUCAAUUAAGAAAGCCAUGCGCUCGUCCUCUGUAUUGGCAUUCAAAGAUGAACUUAAAGCGCGAAAGCGGGUUCUUCGUAGACUGGGAUAUAUAACAAGUGACAACGUAGUCGAGUUGAAAGGAAAGGUUGCCUGUGAGAUCAGUAGUGCAGAUGAGUUGACCCUGACGGAGCUAAUGUUUAAUGGUGUUCUAAAGGAUGUGAAGGUGGAAGAAAUGGUGUCGCUGCUCUCUUGUUUUGUAUGGCGGGAAAAACUUCAGGAUGCUACAAAGCCAAGGGAAGAACUUGACUUGCUUUUUAUGCAGUUGCAAGAUACAGCUCGGAGGGUUGCCAAAGUACAGCUUGAGUGCAAGGUCCAAAUUGAUGUGGAAAGUUUUGCCAAUUCAUUUCGGCCCGAUAUUAUGGAGGCUGUAUAUGCUUGGGCCAAAGGCUCCAAAUUUUACGAGAUCAUGGAAAUCACACAAGUUUUCGAAGGCAGUUUGAUCAGAGCAAUUAGGAGGUUGGAGGAAGUCCUUCAGCAGCUUAUACUAGCUGCAAAAUCCAUUGGAGAAACGGACCUUGAAUCAAAAUUUGAAGAGGCGGUAUUAAAGAUAAAGAGGGAUAUCGUCUUUGCUGCAUCUUUGUACUUGUAGUUCUCUGAAACUCGUGAUGUUUAGCUGAAGGGAGACCUAAUGAAGGUGAAGAUAACAAUAGACCCGCUGCAAAUAAUCUGGCAAAAUAUAGUGGGUAAUUCAUUGAGGAGAUUACGUAGCUGAGAUGGAGACUUGUGUUCGCCAGUUCGAAAUACUCAGGAAGUAAAUUCUAGAUUGACUGAUCUAUGUAUUUGGCACAACCGACAAGAUACUAGCAGCAAAGGCUAUAUGGAUUGGACUCAUAUGACAUGACAGAACUGCAGACUGUCCGAGAGUAGGGUAAUUACGCUCUGGGUGUCCAUAAGUGGAAUCGUAGCGGGAUUAUCUUUUUAGCCCUUUUAAAGAAGAGUAACAUAUCUCCAAGUAUGUCGGUUUCGAUAGCAUGUAUGAUUCAUAGGUGCAUUUUAUGCCGGAAAUUUUGGGACUUUGUAUUAAUAUAAUUGUAUACCAUUUGAGAAUUGUGCACAUGAAGACGUCCAGUUGAGAUGAUUUUGGUACCGCUUUAUGCAUUGUA